ACCCUGACGCUGUACGUCGUCUAUCUUUCCUUUUAUCAUCGCGAUGUCUUUAUGAGUCACGGUAAGCCCAGUCAGUCAUGGUUUGGGGGCUGCAGAAUUAUAUUGCUUGAAACAAUCUACUCAUACGCGUUUGGAGAUAGUCCUACAAUUGCACGGUGAAAGUGUAAACAAUGCAAGUGAAACAGUGGAUUCCAUGUCUCGAUUAUGUUAUGUUUACAUCGCCUUGGCGAUCAUCAUUGCCAUAUUUGCAAUCACCGCCUGGUUGGCCAUGACACGGUUGCUCGCCUUUCAUGUGCGCCUCAGUUUCCUCAAUAUGACCACUAUUGAAUAUAUCAAUCAUCCUAGUCGUCAAACAUCGUUAUUUGAUGAUUCGGAUGACUCGGACGACGAAGACGAGGAAAGCGACUUUGACCGGUGGGGUAACGAUACCCUGUAUACCGAUGACACCAAUGCGUGGCAUCGUCCAUGGUCGCCGUCCCUGAUGGAAGGGCCGCCAUCCGCGGGUCAGCAGAUGAUGCUUUCCUUGUCAAACUAUUUAUGGCAUCCUUGGCGGAUGCUUUCGCGAUACCUUAUUCCUGGAUACCGGUAUCGCGUAUUGAGUCGAAAACGAAAAAGGUCCAAAUGGUGGCGGUGGUUAUAUUACGCUCAACGACCGAGAUCACGGCAUAACCGUCGACUCCGACCCGAAGGGAUGGAUCGGGUGGAUAUGCAAGAAAUUUUGGCCACCAAGACCAUUCGACCGACCGUUGUGUUGGAUGAGGAUGGGCCGAAUUACGACGAUGACAUGGGCCUGGAUAUGUCGAUUCUCGACGAAAAGUAUGUUCCUAGGUCUGUGACACCACCGCUCAAACCGCGCAGCAAAGCGGCACGAUUACUGGAUAUAUCGGAUGAAGAAGCGAUACGUUACGGACAACAGCGCAACAGUCGAAGCCAUGAAUGCGAAACAAGUCAGACCGAUCCACGUGGGGUCACGCUCGGCGAUGAAAGACAUUUGUGAACCCGUUCUUAAACCGGAAAAAAAGAACCCCCCAAAUAAAAGGUUAGGGUGUGUAUGUUUGUUGUGAUGUGUGUAGUGUGUCUCCUCAUCUGUUACAAUAAAGCUGGAUACCACAUCAUAAUAAUAAAAAGAAGAAAUAGUUCGUCGUCUCACUUUUGUUUAAACCUAAAAAGACA